AUGGGUGUUAGUAGUAUACAAAAAUGUGCGGCUGCUCUUAGGUAUUUGGGAUACGGUAUAGCAUUUGAUGCAUCUAACGAAUACUUGAAAGUAUCCGAGAGGACCGCAGUUGAAUGCGUAGAUUGGUUUUCUGCAUGUGUUUAUGAGGUUUUUCACGAAGAAUAUUUGCGUAAACCUACUCAACGUGAUAUUGAGAGAUUAUAUUCGGCUCAUGAAGAGAGGCAUGGAUUUCCUGGUAUGCUUGGCAGUCUAGAUUGUACGCAUGUGGCUUGGGAAAAAUGUCCAACUGCAUGGCGUGGUCAGUUCACUCGAGGAGAUAUUGGUGAACCAACUAUCAUCCUAGAAGCUGUUGCAUCUCAAGAUUUGUGGAUAUGGUAUGCCUUUUUUGGAGUAGCGGGGUCUAACAACGACCUUAAUGUUCUUGGUCAGUCUCCACUUUUCAACGAUAUUUGGACCGGCAAAGCACCUGAUAUGACGUUCACGGUAAACGGGCACGCGUACAAAUACGGUUACUACCUUGGUGAUGGGAUAUACCCGGAUUAUUCUACAUUGAUGAAGAUUAACUAA